AUGGAUGAUUCUCCCAUUCUUGCUCCAAACAGCGGAUCAAUCCUUCCCGAAAUUCAAUCGAAUAGUAUUUUACGUAUUGCUCUCUUUGAGCAAAAUGAAGAUAUCUAUGUGUUGAUCGCAAAAGAAUACUCUUUAGAAUGCUUUUUACUUUUUGAAGAAGAAAAACAUUUGUCCAAAUGUUGUUCCAUGCCAAGUCUUGAUGGAAAGCAAAUCAUUGACUUUCUCCUUUCAAAAAAUACUAUUUUCGUGCUCUGUUUAGAUGGAACAAUAUUAAUCACUACACUUAUAUUUCAAGAAGAUGGCUCUAUCACAUGCUCUACAUGGAAGGAACUCAGUAAUAAUCGAUCUAGUUCCUCUAACAGCCAUCCACCUGUGAAACUUUUAAGCUUAAAUGAUAACACUAUUGUAGUGAUGUAUUUACAGAAUGAAAUGCGAUUUGUUAAUACUGACACUUUUGAUGUAGUUUCAUUCGAAUCAAUGGAGUUCACUUGUCCAGCUGUUCUUUAA